CCACCCCGUGAGGGUCCUUCGGGGACCCCCGCCAUGCUGCUGGGCCCCUGGCUGGUGGCGGCGGCGGCGGCGGUGGCGGCGGGGGCCGGGGGGGGCUGCCCGGCGCUCUGCACCUGCGGCGGGCAGGCUGUGGACUGCAGCGGCCGGCGGCUCUUCUCGGUGCCCCCCGAGCUGCCGCCGGACACCGGCAACCUGAGCCUGGCCCACAACCGGCUGGCCAGCAUCCCGCCGGGCUACCUGGGCUGCCAGGGCCAGCUGCGGGCCCUGGACCUGCGCAACAACUCGCUGCCGGGGCUGCCGGCCGGGCUGUUCCGGGGCGCCCGGCGCCUGGCGCACCUGGACCUCAGCUACAACAACCUGAGCCUGCUGCCGGCCGACAUGUUCCUGGGGGCCAGCGGGCUGCAGCGCCUGGACCUGAGCCACAACCCCGGCCUGCGCCGCCUGCACCCCCAGGCCUUCCGCGGGCUGCCCCAGCUGCGGGAGCUGGACCUCAGCUACGGGGGGCUGGCGGCCAUCAGCCUGGAGGCCCUGGAGGGGCUGCCGGGGCUGGUGGGGCUGCGCCUGGGGGGCAACCCCUGGGUGUGCGGCUGCGCCAUGGAGCCCUUCCUCAAGUGGCUGCGGGGACGCAUCCAGCGCUGCGCCUCAGACCCGCAGCUGGCCGAGUGCCGGGCCCCCCCUGAGGUGGCGGGAGCCCCCCUGCUCUCCCUGACGGAGGAGAGCUUCCAGGCCUGCCACCUCACCCUGACGCUGGACGACUAUCUCUUCAUCGCCUUCGUGGGCUUCGUCGUCUCCAUUGCCUCGGUGGCCACCAACUUCCUGCUGGGCAUCACGGCCAACUGCUGCCACCGCUGGAGCAAGGCCAGCGAGGACGAGGACGUUUAGGUACUGCCGCCACCGCCCACGUCCCCCCCGGCCUGGCCACCCCGGCGGGGCUUCCUGACUGUGCCUUGUCCCCGUCCCCUCCCGCCACCCCCUGCUCCGGGGUGGCCCUCCAGACAACGGCCCAGCCGUGGCCGGAGAGACCAGGGGCAGAUCCUUUUGCCCCAAACCGGGGAGUUUUUGUCCCAGCAGACACCCUCCAGGGCAGUGGAAGCAGCAGGUCGGGGUCCCAUGGGAGCCUCCUGCAGGGCCGGGCCUUGGGGGCUGCAGCCAGGGAGCACCCCCCGACGUGGGACCCCCAAAAGCAGCGUGUGCUCUGCGGGAAAACCAAGGAAAUUCCAGCUCUCAGCCCACAGGCAGCACCAGGGGAGCCCUCUGGACCCUGCCCACACUUCUCCAGACUCCCCGAAAUCCCGGGGGUCCAAGCCCAGGACUCGGGGCAGCACCCAGCUCAGCCCCUGCCCGAGGGG